GCCCGGCCCCGGGAUGGCAUGGACCACCAUGGACAUAGCCAUCAUGGCAGGAGUGAUCACCGCCGUGGCCUUCUUCCUGGUCGGCCUGCUCCUGCUCAUACUGCACUACAUGUACCGGCACAAGGGCACGUACCGCACGCAUGAGGACAAGGGCACGGAGUUUGCCGAGAGCGCAGACGCGGCCCUGCAGGGCGACCCGUCGCUCCAGGAUGCUGGGGACAGCAGCAGAAAGGAGUACUUUAUCUGAGGGCACAGACCUCACCUCCCCCAACGCCUCCUCCUACUCCAGGACUUCACCACCAAGCAGACUUCCAGAGCACCCCCUCGGCCCAAGCCACACGUGUGGCCUGGAACCCUGGGCUGGGGCGAGGGAGGAGAGGAGGAGCCCAGCUGGGGAGGCCCCUCCCAGGGACGGUGACCCCCAGGUGCCAGCCUUUGUCUGCAGGGGAAAUUCGGGGUCCUCUGGGCAGUGCAGUUGUCAUCGGGGCACGUGUGAGUCCCUGCUGGGUGUGAGCGGGGUGGGGGCUGGGGAAGCAAGAAAUGAGUCAGGCUAUGCUGACAGGGACGAUGGCAUCAAAUGUCAGUCCUUGACAUUUGGGGGAGCAGCAGGUGACUGAGCUGAAGCGCCUUUGUCUUCCAUUGAUCCACCUCUAAGUGAUAGGAAAUAAAUUUGAAACAUAACUGAGCA